AUGGCACAACCCAAGCUGCCCGAAGGCGUCUUCUCCUUCCUCGAUACUGACCUUUACAAGUUGACGAUGCAGUGUGCGAUCCUGAAUUAUUUCCCUUCGGUCGAUGUUGAAUAUAAGUUCACCAAUCGCACCCCGCAGAUGCGAUUGGACCAAGAAGCCUGCGAAUGGUUGAAAGGACAGAUUGCGAAGUUAGGGAAUGUCACACUUGAACAGCAAGAGUUGCAAUAUCUGAGGAAGCAUUGCCCCUACCUGACCUCCGACUACCUUGACUACCUACAAAAGUUUCGACUCCGACCCGCUGAGCAAGUGCACCUGGAGUUCAAACCGGUUGAUGGAGCAUACGGAGAUCUUCAUAUCACGGUCACUGGCCUCUGGGUCGAGACAAUCCUCUACGAAAUCCCCCUCCUCGCCUUGACGAGCGAAGCAUAUUUCAAGUUCGUUGACAAGGACUGGGAUUACGAAGGGCAAGAGGAGCAGGCAUAUGAGAAGGGAAUGCGGUUAUUCAGCGCAGGCUGCGUUGUUUCCGAAUUCGGCUCUCGAAGAAGGCGCGACUUUCAUACUCAAGACCUCGUGAUCAAAGGCCUAGUAAGCGCAUCAAACGAGAAAGACUUGCCGGGGAAGCUAUCGGGUACAAGCAAUGUAUAUUUUGCGAUGAAGUAUAGCAUCCCACCCAUUGGGACGGUAGCCCACGAAUGGUACAUGGGGAUUGCCGCGCUUACCGAUGAUUAUGAACAUGCCAAUGAGAAUGGCCUCAGAUACUGGCUUGACUGCUUCGGAAAAGGCGUUCUGGGCAUUGCACUGACAGAUACAUUCGGCACAGCGGACUUCUUCAGGGCCUUCAGGAAACAGGUACCUGCCAAGACCUCAGCCUCGCGAGACGAAUCUACCGAGUAUAUCAACGAAAGCAAGCCGACAGGUGGGCAGCCUUCGUACGCUGAGGUUUAUGCAGGCAUCAGGCAAGACUCUGGGGAUCCCAAAGAAUACAUCAAAGGCGCCGAUAGCUUCUACAACUCUAUAGGGGUGAGCAAAAAGAGUAUUGUGUUCUCAGACGCCCUCAAUGUGGAAAAAUGCCUGGAGUACAGGGAAAUGGCCGAAGCCUACGGAUUCAAGCCUUCAUUUGGGGUUGGCACAUUCUUCACGAACGACUUCAGGCACAAAUCAGACCCUCAAGCCAAAUCCAAACCGCUCAACAUCGUCAUCAAAUUGUCGAAAGCGGGUGGAAGACCGGCAAUCAAGUUAUCCGACAAUAUCGGCAAGAACACAGGCGAUGAGCGCACAGUCCAAGAUGUCAAACGUCGUCUUGGUUACACGGAGAAGGAAUGGAGGGAGGGUGAUGAAUCAAGGCGAUGGUGA